CUACCCAUUUUUCCUCCUCACCUCAAAAACCCUUUCUUCUUCUUCCUCCUCUUGUUUAAGGGUUGGUUUUCAUUUGUGGGUUUGGUUGAGUUUCGAUGGAGUUCACGACGGAGCUGUGUUUGGCUCCCUGCAGGAAGCAGCACCAUCAUCAGCACGUGAAGACAUCGUCGGAAUCAGAAAGCAGCAACAACAACAGCAACAAAUGGAGCAUUGGUAUGAAUCAUCACUCGAGGAAGAGGAAGGUGACGAUGAUCGAGAUGAUGCGUUUUGAUAACGAUCAUGAUCGCGAUCGUGAUCAUGUCGUCGAUCUUCAGCAGCAUCUUGAUCAGGAAGUGAAGAACAACAGGGCUCUGCCUUUGGAUUGGGAGCAAUGCCUCGACCUUCAUUCGGGAACGAUGUACUACUUCAACAGGAAGACGUCAAGAAAGAGCUGGAACCGGCCAAAGGACGCGUACCACGACGACGAAAACGAUCCAAACAACAGGAGUCUGGACCUGGAGCUCAACAUCUCGUCACCGAGCAAGUACUACAACAAUGUGAGUACUGAUCACCAUCAACACAACAUGAUGAAGCUUCACCAUCACCAAAUUCCAGCCUCAUCACCAUCACAAGAAGGGAAUUUCAGUCCUAGUGAUGGUGGCAGUAGUAGGACUAAUGAUGAUGAUGACAAGGACAAUAACAUGGUGGCAUUGGCAUGUUUGAAUUGUCACCUCCUUGUCAUACUCUCCAAGUCAUCUCCUUGUUGCCCCAAUUGCAAAUAUGUACACUCCCUCCCACCCACAAUAUUCCACCACAACUACCCACCACAGCCCAAUAAGGCCCAAUUCCCUACCAGGCCCAUUAGCACCUUGAGCCUCCUCAAUUAGCUAUAUGAAUAUGAUCAAAAGAUCAUGUAUAAGUGUAUAAUGUGAAAAGAGUUGUAAGGAAUUAAGCAGCUAGUAAUUAUGUAUGUAAGCUAUGCAAGAGUCAAUGGAUCUAAGCUUUCAAUUUCCUGUUUAUUAGUAAUCCAAGUUGUUAAUGA